AUGAGCAAGACUCUAGACACCUCCAAAAGGGAGCAGACCAUCAACCUCGGUGCUGGUCCCAGCUGCCUCCCCACCUCGGUCCUUCUCGAAGCCGCACAAGGCAUCCUCGACUAUGAAGGCACCGGCAUGGGUCUCGUUGAACUCUCGCACCGAUCCAAGACUUUCCAAAAGCUCAUGGACAAAACUGAAGCUGAUCUUCGCGCUCUUCUCAACAUACCUGACACUCACGCCGUUCUCUUCUUGCAAGGUGGUGGCACAGAGCAAUUCUCCGCCACAGCACUCAACCUUCUUGCCGCACACGCAGUCAAGAAUCCAGAUUACUUCAAGUCGAACGGUAGCAAAGGUCCUCCCUGUGACUACGCCGUCACUGGAUCUUGGACUGCCAAGGCGGUGAAGGAAGCUGCUCGUCUUGGAGCAACUACCAAUGUUGCUAUCGACUCGCGCAAGGUUGAGGGAGCAAACGGCAAGUUCGGUUCGAUUCCACCCAUCAGCGAAUGGAAGUUGAGCCCGGUGGAGAGUAUGCCUGCCAUGCUCUACUACUGCGACAACGAGACUGUUGACGGUGUCGAGUUCGCCAACCCUGGCUUCCCUAUUCAGGAGUUGCCAGAGGAAUACCGCAAGCAAGUGCCGCUAGUUGCCGACUGCUCGAGUAACAUCCUUUCCCGCCCAAUCGACGUAGCUGCACAUGCGAUCGUCUUUUUUGGCGCGCAGAAAAACGUCGGUCCCUCCGGCACCACUGUCGCUAUUGUUCGCAAAGAUCUCAUCGUAGACCCAGACCAAGGCGUUCCCAACGGAGGACCUCGCAUCCCAACAACAUUGGUGUACAAGAACAUGCUGGACAAUGGAUCGCUGUACAACACUCCACCCAUGUUUGCCAUUUAUGCUUCUGCACUCGUCUUUGAAGAUUUGCUCCGCAACAAGGGCGGUGUAGCAGGUGCAAGGGAGCGAUCAGAGAACAAGGCCAACUUGAUCUACGGCUUGAUCGACAACAGCAACGGUGUCUAUCUGCCAACAGUACGACAGGCUUCGGCGAGAAGCAGGAUGAACGUCACCUUCCGCAUCUCAAGAGCAGGAGAGAACAAGCCGGACUCGGCACUCGAGGAGGCUUUCGUCAAGAAAUGUGCCCAAGAGAACAUCGUUCAGGUCAAAGGACACCGUUCGGUGGGUGGUAUUCGUACCAGCUUGUACAACGCCGUAACGGUUGAGCAGACUCAGAAGCUCGCCCAUGUUAUGACAAGAUUUAUGGAGAAUGUCAAGGCUGGUAAGUUCUGA